UACUAGCUCUGUGUCUGUGUGAGAGAAGCCGAAUGUUGUUUACAGCGUUGAUUCCACGGAUCAGAGAGCGAGAGAGAAGGCUAGUUGUAAGCGUGGCCGCUGGUUUACGCUGAUGAAACCGAAAGAGAAAACAUUAAAUAUAUGUACAUUCACCUUACUCGCAAUAACGAAUGUGUUAAGUAUAAGAAAAAUCUCAGAAGAAGCCUUCAAGCUCGACAUCUCCAUCCCUGUGUAGCAAAAAGGGAUACGAUUUUCAGCUGCAAACCAGACCAACAGUGUGAGCUUUUGAAGACUGGAGAGAGAGGGAGGGGGAGAGAAAAGGGGGGUGCAGUUCGUGAGACCAUUUCUGUCCUGGCGGAUAUUUUGGAUAGGGCGCUGCUGGAGUCUCAUUGAACGAAGGAGUUGGAUUUUCUUCAUUCAUUUACGGAAACCAACGUCCAUAAAGCUCCGAACCUUGCCUCUGAUUGUCUUCCACGCCCAGGAGAUUCGCAAUUGAUUUAAUGAAAUUUGGAAUACUUGUUAGGGGAUUUUUGUGCAUCUAGCGGGUACCUUUGGCUGAGUAGCUCGCUAAGCUAAGUGUGCGUUCCUCCUGGUUUUUCAAGAAAUGGAGGCUGAAGAUGCGGACUGCCAUCAGUCGAGUGGAAUCUGUGACUCGUGUUUUUUGUUAGCCACCCAUACAUCAUUGUAUCGUUGGCAAGAAUAACACAGUUUAAGCCUUUGUUUUUAUUUUGUUUUCUUGGAAAGAUUAACUUAAUUUUGAGGUAUUUAGUAGACUCGGUGCAAUUCUACAUUAACUAGCUGCAUAAUUUUAACGACGAUUUGGCUAGUUUGUCUCGAUUAGCUAGCUAGCCAAUUGAAGGAGUAGCUCGCUAGCGAACUUGGAUUGAUAUUUUACUUUUUGGGAAAUUAGAAGUCAUCUCAGUUUGUGACUGUUCAUUUUGGGAAAGGACAAUUGCGGGUUUCUGUAAUUUAUUUCUAUUUUUUGGGAAAGUACUUAAUUUAACAGGAAUGAGGUCUCGGACAGAAAGGGAUCAUUUGACCUUGUUUUGGGGUCUGUUGCUGUCUGUCUACACGAUAUCCCUACUACCAACUAAUGGAGAAAUCUGCGGUCCGAGCAUCGACAUCAGGAAUGACAUCAGCGAGUUCAAGCGGCUGGAGAACUGCACGGUGGUGGAGGGCUACCUGCAGAUCCUGCUCAUCGGCGACAAGACCAACAACGUCAACCAAGAAGUCUUCCGCACCCUCAGCUUCCCCAAGCUGACCAUGGUCACGGACUACCUGCUCCUGUUCCGAGUCUCGGGCCUGGACAGCCUCAGCGUGCUCUUCCCCAACCUGUCCGUCAUCCGCGGGCGCAACCUCUUCUACAACUACGCCCUGGUGAUCUUCGAGAUGACCAGCCUGAAGGACAUCGGCCUCUACAGCCUGCGCAACAUCACGCGCGGCGCCAUCCGCAUCGAGAAGAACCCGGAGCUCUGCUACCUGGACUCGGUCGACUGGUCGCUCAUCAUGGACGCCGAGUUCAACAACUUCAUCGCCGGGAACAAGCAGUCCAAGGAGUGCGGGGACGUCUGCCCCGGCAUCAUGGAGGACAAGCGCCACUGCAUCAAGACCAGCUUCAACGACAACUACAGCUCCCGCUGCUGGACCUCCAACCACUGCCAGAAAGUGUGCCCUAAUGAGUGUGACGGGCGUGCGUGCACGGAGGCGGGCGAGUGUUGCCACGCCCAGUGCCUGGGCAGCUGCGCGGAGCCGGACAGCGACGCGGCGUGCGCGGCCUGCCUGCACUUCUACCACGAGGGCCACUGCGUGCCCGCCUGCCCGCCCGACACCUACAGCUUCGAGGGCUGGCGCUGCAUCACCAUGGACGUGUGCGGCAUGGUGCACCUGCCCAACGACUUCGACCGCUUCGUCAUCCACGAGGGCGAGUGCGUGCCCGACUGCCCGUCCGGCUUCACCCGCAACGAGAGCCAGAGCCCUCUGGCUCUCCCUCAUCUCACUCUCCUCUCUUUCUCUGUAUCAUUCACUCCCUCUCUCCUCUCUCUCAGCAUGUUCUGCAGUGCCUGUGACGGUCUGUGCGAUAAGAUCUGCGAUGAAAAGAUCAUCGACUCUGUGGACGCUGCACAGUCACUGAAGGGCUGCACUGUCAUCAAAGGCAAUCUGCACAUCAACAUCCGCCGUGGCAAUAACAUCGCCUCUGAGCUGGAGAGCUUCAUGGGCCUGAUCCAGACGGUCACCGGGUACGUGAGGAUCCGGCACUCCCACACGCUCGGCUCGCUGUCCUUCCUCAAGAGCCUGCGCUACAUCAACGGCGAGGAGCUGAUGGACGGAAUGUACUCGUUUUCUGCUCUGGACAACCAGCACCUCCAGUACCUCUGGGACUGGACCCAGCACAACCUGACCAUCAAGGCCGGGAAACUGUUCUUCCGCUUCAACCCCAAGCUGUGCGUCUCCGAGAUCCGCAAGAUGUGGGAGAAGACGGGGAUCGCCGAGAAGUUCGACGAGGGCGAAUUCCGCAACAACGGAGACCGAGCCAGCUGUGAGAGUCACAUCCUCAAGUUCAAGUCCAACAGCACCAUGAGUAACCGGAUAAAGCUGAUCUGGGAGCGCUACCGGCCGCCAGACUACCGGGAUCUCAUCACCUUCAUCGUUUACUACAAGGAAGCGCCCUUCCAGAACAUCACGGAGUUUGACGGACAGGAUGGGUGUGGCUCUAACAGCUGGAAUAUGGUGGACGUGGACCUGCCGCAGGACAAGGACGUGGACCCGGGCGUCCUGCUGUCCCCACUCAAACCCUGGACGCAGUACGCCGUCUUUGUCAAGGCCAUCACCCUGGCGGUGGAGGACAAACAUGUUCUGGGAGCCAAAAGUGAAGUGGUGUAUAUCCGCACCAACCCCUCAGAGCCUUCCAUGCCCCUGGAUGUGCGCUAUUACUCAAACUCCUCCUCCAAGCUUCUGAUCAAGUGGUCACCCCCCAUCUCCCCCAACGGGAACCUCACCUACUACCUGGUGCGCUGGCAACAGCAGCCUGAGGACAAGGAGCUGUACGAGCACAACUACUGCUCUAAAGAGCUGAAGAUCCCCAUCCGCAUUUCGGCCACGGGCCCGGUGGACCUGGAGGACGACACCAAGCCCACCAAGUCCGACGCCGGCGGGGGGGACAAGGGCCCCUGCUGCCCCUGCCCCAAGACGGUGGACGACCUGAAGGCGGAGGCCGAGGACGCCUCGUACCGGAAGGUGUUCGAGAACUUCCUCCACAACGCCAUCUUCACGCCCAGGCCCCCAGACCGGCGUCGCAGGGACGUCUUUGGGAUCGCCAACGCCACCCUGGCGCGCGGCCGGAACGUCACAGGGCCGGAGGGGAACGCGACCGGCGGGGAGCCGGCCGAGCGCGAGUACCCGUUCUACGACGUCAUGGUGAGCGGGCGGGAGUGGACGGAGAUCUCGCACCUGCAGUCCUUCACCGUGUACCGCAUCGACAUCCACGCCUGCAACCACGAGGUCAAGCACUGCAGCGCCGCCGCCUUCGUCUUCUCCAGGACCAGACCCGCAGACAAAGCGGAUGACAUCCCGGGUCCCGUGACCUGGGAGGGGGGCGAGCAGGGGAAGGGCGUGGUCUUCCUGAGGUGGCCUGAACCUGUCAAUCCCAACGGCCUGAUCCUGAUGUACGAGAUCAAGUUCCGCCUCACCAACGAGCCGGAGAAACAUGAAUGCGUCUCCCGGCAACACUACCGUGCUCACAAGGGAUACCAGCUGGGCAUCCUGGCGCCUGGGAACUACACGGCGCGGGUUCGAGCCACCUCGCUGGCCGGCAACGGGUCCUGGACCGAGCCCAUGGCCUUCUACGUACCCCAGCCCAAAAGAGAGAACGAGAUGCUCUACCUGAUGAUCCUCGUUCCCGUCGUGGUGCUGGCCAUCACCGCCGGCCUGGUCACCGCGCUCGUCCUGGUGAACAAGAAGAGGAACAGCGACAGGCUGGGGAACGGCGUUCUGUACGCGUCCGUCAACCCGGAGUACUUCAGCGCCGCGGAGAUGUACGUGCCGGACGAGUGGGAGGUGGCUCGGGAGAAGAUCACCAUGUGCAGGGAGCUGGGCCAGGGCUCGUUCGGCAUGGUGUACGAGGGCAUCGCCAAGGGCGUGGUCAAGGACGAGCCGGAGACGCGCGUGGCCAUCAAGACGGUCAACGAGUCGGCCAGCAUGCGCGAGCGCAUCGAGUUCCUCAACGAGGCGUCCGUCAUGAAGGAGUUCAACUGCCACCACGUGGUCCGGCUGCUGGGCGUGGUUUCGCAGGGACAGCCCACCUUGGUCAUAAUGGAGCUGAUGACCCGUGGUGACCUCAAAAGCCAUCUGCGGUCCAUGCGAUCCCAAGAGAAUUCAUCCUGCCAUUCGCUGCCCCCCCUGAAGAAGAUGAUCCAGAUGGCGGGAGAGAUCGCGGACGGUAUGGCCUACCUGAACGCCAACAAGUUCGUCCACAGAGAUCUGGCCGCCAGGAACUGCAUGGUGGCAGAGGACUUCACCGUCAAGAUCGGAGAUUUCGGGAUGACCCGGGACAUCUACGAAACGGACUACUACCGGAAAGGAGGCAAGGGCUUGCUGCCGGUGCGCUGGAUGUCUCCGGAAUCUCUCAAAGACGGCGUCUUCACCACAAACUCCGAUGUCUGGUCGUUCGGGGUGGUGCUGUGGGAGAUCGCCACGCUGGCGGAGCAGCCGUACCAGGGCAUGUCCAACGAGCAGGUGCUGCGCUUCGUCAUGGAGGGGGGUCUGCUGGACAAGCCGGACAACUGUCCCGACAUGCUGUUCGAGCUGAUGCGCAUGUGCUGGCAGUACAACCCCAAGAUGCGGCCGGCGUUCCUGGAGAUCAUCAGCAGCCUGAAGGAGGAGCUGGAGCCGCCCUUCCGGGAGAUGAGCUUCUUCUACAGCGAGGAGAACAAGCCGCCCGACACCGAGGAGCUGGACAUGGAGACGGAGAACAUGGAGAGCGUGCCGCUGGACCCCUGCUCGGGCCGGCCGGGGGGCGCGGGAGGCCCGGCGCCGCCCGCCGCCCAGCCGCCCGGCGCGGGCGGGGCCCCGCCGGGGAGCAGCCCCGCCCAGGCCCCGCCCUGCUCGCCGGGCGCCGCCUCCGACAAACACUCAGGACACGCGGCGGCCAACGGGCCGGUGGUGGUGCUGCGGCCCGGGUUCGACGAGACGCAGCCCUACGCGCACAUGAACGGCGGGCGCAAGAACGAGCGCGCCCUGCCCUUACCCCAAUCUUCAGCCUGCUGAUCCCCGCGCCCACGCUGCCCCCCACACGCACACACACAUACAUACACACAUACACACACA